UCCGUGGCGGUCGCAGCUGACGAGGAAGUCACCACCACCGCACAGCCAGCCGACAUGUCUCGACCCGGGUGCACUCAAGAUCAGGAAUGCUGCAAGGCUGGAGAAGCCUGCGGCAGCAGGGUAGGCAACUGCUGCAGGGAGGGAACCUGCUGUCCUCGUGGAGACUGCUGCAAGGAUGGUCGUUGCAACUGCCGCAACUGCAACAACAAGGGAGACAACUGCUGCAAGGAGGGAGCCUGCUGCGCCAGUGGAGACUGCUGCAGGGAUGGCCGUUGCAAAUGCCGCAACUGCAACUGCAACAACAAGGGAGACAACUGCUGCAAGGAGGGAACCUGCUGCGCCAGUGGAGACUGCUGCAGGGAUGGCCGUUGCAAAUGCCGCAACUGCAACUGCAACAACAAGGGAGACAACUGCUGCAAGGAGGGGACCUGCUGCGCCAGUGGAGACUGCUGCAGGGAUGGCCGUUGUAAAUGCCGCAACUGCAACUGCAACAACAAGGGAGACAACUGCUGCAAGGAGGGGACCUGCUGCUCUCGCGGAAACUGCUGCAACAACGGAGACUGCAACUGCAGCAGGUGCGAUUGCAAGUGCUCCUCCAAGAAGGAAGACUGCUGCUGCAAGGGACGGCAAGUGCUGCUCUCGCGGAAACUGCUGCAACAACGGAGACUGCAACUGCUGCAGGUGCGACUGCAAUUGCUCCUCCAAGAAGGAAGACUGCUGCUGCAAGGACGGCAAGUGCUGCUCUCGCGGAAACUGCUGCAACAACGGAGACUGUAACUGCAGCAGGUG